UUCGCAUCUGGCCACCGAGCUCAGAUGCCUUUUCCCAACCUGGGAGACCGAAAUGGUGCACAGGAUCAACGUAGCCAUUGGCAGUGGUUCACCGAGCCCCAGAAGUAUAUGCAAGCUAAUGUUCAGCUGCCUAGAUUGCCCAGUCAUAUAAAGUUGCUACUCGGUAGUGGUGGUAUAUCUCUUUGGCUGCAACCUGGUCUGCCUUGGGACUCUGUCGAGCGGGGUCAGGCUCUCUCGCCCCUUUACACAUCAAAGAAGUUGAUAUAUACCGGAAGCUCCGUCCAGGGCUUCUUCUGUAAAAGGGGCCUAUGAUUAUUCUGUUUGAUGACAACAAUCCUCUUGUCAAUCUUGUUCUAGUGCGAUCAAUAUAUUGUCACUUCUUUAUGUAGACUUCCGUCCGGUCAGCAGCAUCCAAGACGAUGAUGGCCUCUAGCCCUGCCCUACGCAGGCCCGCUCUGGGCGAGGUGGCACGCAUCGGGAAUCUCUACGAUGCUCGACGAGACUCGUUCCUCCCGACCUCGGUUCUGAAACCUGAUUCGGCCGGCAGCGUCGUUCUCACGGGCCAGACCAAAAUAUCCGAAUUCUCCACAAGCAUCGAUGGAUCAUACCAGGCCCGAUCCAAGAUUCUCGGCCUAGACCGGGGACUCGCCGCCUCCUAUCUCUGCGGCAUGGCUGGUGCCCCCGGGUUCAUGGACUACCUCGAUGAUGAGGAAGACAGCUCGCAGUCUCGAAUGCUGCUGUGCAAUAUUUCCUCGAGCCAAGAGAAGUUAGACCUCGUGGGUCCUGAUCUCAGAGAUGCCCUGAACUUGGCGGUUCUGCAGGAUGGGUCGGCAACCCAUAUAGUGACAGAGGUCCGUUGGGGCACCCAGCUCGCAGUUGUGGCUUCUGCUGGGAACCGGCCGCCGACUUCCGAGUCCGAGGCUGAGCUGGAAUCCUACUUCUCUGAGUUCCAGAAGAUGAUCCAGCACGCGGGUGCGUAUGUGCCCUCGCUUGUGCCAAACUCGUGUCACACCUUCUCCAUUCAUGGUAACGACAGCCUCGCCGGCUUCAACACCUCAGACGUCAACGCGAUCGCCCGAUCUCUCGGCGAUUUCUCCAGAACAACCCCGGACGGUUCUUUGGCACAGUCCGAACCCCUGGCCUACGUCUUGCUCCCCCUCAGCUUCCUCAGUCUUCUCUUUCCAGCGGUUACUCAGCCAAUGCUUGUUACCCCUGAUCCAGACUGCCUCGACCAAUUCACUCAGGUGUUUGAUGAACUCCGAUCGAAUCGGAAGAAGCUUAGCGGCUACCUAGGUGUGCUGCAAGCACAUCGCCACUGCGUUCCAGACAGCCACACAGACGCCAUCUCCAUCGCCGACGCCAAAGCGACGCAGUCGGAGCAGCUCCUGAGGUCGAGAUAUUCGUCGCUUCUAGUCUCGGUCAGAAGCGGUGAUGUGGCCAUGGAUCAGCUCUGGUCACUCCUGAAAGAGUUCCAAGACGGCCCCCUGUCGACUCGCCAGCUCUCCGCGUCCAUCGGGGAGUUUGAAGCCAAGAUGCAGUUUGUCGAUAUGAUGAUCAGUAAAGGCGGCAAGUACACCUCUUUCAACCGCCGGCAUCCUUGGAACUUCCUGGGCGACGAAGAUACUUACGUCCUCUUUUACUACAACGACGUGGCGAGGAAGAACCCAGCACUCUGGCAGAGCCACCAGAGCCUUAUGAUUGACCUCCUCGAUAACCGGCGGGGAAAUUCCAACAUGGUCUUUUGCGACUGCGACACCGACGGUCCAACUCCUCCCGUUAUCCGGAUAGCGCACAUCAAGGAUCGGAAGGUCUAUGCGAAUGACCUCGUGGAUGAAGAAAGCUUCGCUGCCGACAAGUCUCUCGCCAUGUGCAAUACCCAGCUGUUCUUCCGCGAGGACCGGCCAAAGCCUCAGCAGCGCCGUGCGGUCCGGAUGCACUGUCCCGGGCAGAGAUGUGAUCCGUCCAUCGCGCACGAGUGGUACUGCAACCGGUGCAGAUCUGCCAUCGAGUUCGGGGACCAAGACCAGUACUUGUACUGCGACUGCGGAUACGGCAGCUACAAGGGCUACUCGUUCCGCUGCAAGGAGGCGAUGACGCACGGCGGGGCCUACGAGAAAUACAAGCCGAAGGAGCUCCUCCAGCAGCUGCAACGGCUGAAACCCUACCGCCAGAUGAACAUCCUCAUCCUCGGCGAGACCGGGGUCGGGAAGUCGACCUUCAUCAACGCCUUCAUCAACUAUCUCACCUUUGAGACCCUCGACGAGGCGGUGGCGCAUGACGGCCUACAGUGGAUCAUUCCCUGCUCCUUCUCGACACAGUUCCUCGACGAGAAAGGCCGCUUCCACCAGCAGGACAUUAGGAUCGGCACAAGCAACGAGGAGGCCGACGGCUCGCUCGGCCAGUCGGCCACCCAGGGCACGACCGUGUACCGCAUCCAGAUGGGGGACCUCCUCGUCCGGCUCAUCGACACCCCGGGGAUCGGCGACACGCGAGGCAUCGAGCAGGACAAGGUGAACAUGGCGGGCAUCCUGUCGACGCUGGCCAGCUUCGAGACGCUCGACGGCAUCCUCAUCCUGCUCAAGCCCAACAGCGCGCGCCUGACGCUCAUGUUCAAGUUCUGCGUCACCGAGCUGCUGACCCACCUCCACCGGGACGCGAGCCGCAACAUCGUCUUCGGCUUCACCAACACGCGCAUCUCCAACUACAUGCCCGGGGACGCGUUCAAACCGCUACAGUCGCUGAUGAACAAGUACCAGCAGGUUAAGAUGUCGCUGAGCCACUCCAACACGUACUGCUUCGACUCGGAGUCGUUCCGGUACCUGGCUGCACUGAAGCAGACGGGUCGACCGAUGGACAACGAGGACGACUUCCGGCGCAGCUGGCGGCGGUCCGAGGAGGAGUCGCGGCGGCUCCUCGCCCACUUCGAGGGGCUCGAGCCGCACCUCGUCAAGGGCACGCUGAGCCUGAACCGGGCGCGCGACCUGAUCACGAAGCUGACCAAGCCCAUGGCCGAGAUCAUGGACGUGAUCAACCGGACGAUCCGCAUCAACGAGGACCACAUGCAGGAGCUCAGCGACGAGAGGUGCAGGGGCGACGACCUCAAGAGGCGCCUGCACUUCCAGAAGAUCGACAAGCUGACCAAGCCCCUGAGCAAGCCGCGCACCGUCUGCACCGAGGACAAGUGCGUCGACUAUGUCCAGGGCGUGGACAAGACGGUCAUCAACUACCGGACUCACUGUCACAAGGUAUGUUACCUGACGGAAGUCCCCAAGGAGAUCAAGGGCGAAUCCCGGCUAUCCGGCUGCGCGGCCUUCGCGGGCGGCGCGGGCAAGUGCAAGACGGCCAGCUGCGGGCACGAGUGGCAGAGCCACAUGCACGUUUGGUACGAGCUGGAAGACAAGCUGAUCACGGAGAAGCACGCGGGCAUCGAGGCCAUGCUCAAGAAGCACGAGUCCGAGGUCGAGGUCAAGAAGGCGGCCGUCCGGGAGCACGAGCGGCGCGUCAGCGAGGCGCGCGCCGAGCUGAGGGAGCUCGAGGACGCCGCCGCCCGCUUCGGCCUCUUCCUCAGGGUGAACUCCAUCACCCCUUACAACGACGAGAUGCUCGCCUACCUGGACGAGCAGAUCAAGGAGGAGAGGCAGAUCGUCAACUCCACCCGCGCCGGCCAGGACCGCCUCGACGGCCUGCUGCGCACGCGCGCCGAGUACGAGCAGCAGAUCCGCGUCCUGGAGAAGGAGAUGUCGGCCGGCGGCGCGGGGAAGAAGCCCCUCGACGAGCGCGACGUCGAGAAGCUCGUCCUCCGGCUCUACCGCCUCAAGGGGUGGGGCCAGAGCCUGAAGGACAUCAAGACCGCCGCCGAGUACUACGGCGGCAGCGCCACCUACCACGAGCGCCAGUUCCGGUCCCGGCGCACCUGGCAGCACGGCGGCUGGUCGCGGAGCUCGUACUCGUCGUCGUCGUCGUCGCCGUCCCUGUCUCUGUCCCUGUCUGCCACCCUGGUCUCGCCGUCCCGGGGUUUCGGGCACGGCAGAAUCGGCAGCGGGAGCAGCAGCAGCAGCGGCAGCGGCGGAGGUUACACCCUGACGGCCGGUCCCCAGAAGUAUUCGUCGCUGCUGCCUCCAGAGUACGACGACUCCAACACGGAGGGACAGGCGGCCGGGUCUGAGUGGCGGCCCCGAUCGCUCGUCUCCGAGAUGUCGAUGCGGUCCGCGCCGGUCCGGGAGGUGGAGCCCGUGUCUAUCUCGAGCAGGCUGAAAAGCGGGCUGUUUGGUCGUUUGAGGAAGUCGAGCAAGUGAAAGUGGCGCCAUGUUCGAGUGGUUUUAUGGCCCUUUUUUUCUAUUUGUUAAAUAAUUAAUGGGUAUUUUGCCAUGUUAGUUACUGACGAUUCUCCUUUUUGUAUUUGCUUGAAUUCCAUCAAUUUUCCUGUGAUCAUGUUCCAGGUAAUUCGGCCAUUAGAUCCUCAGAUCUCUUCAUGCAUCCUCUGGUGAUUAACAUCUCCCCCUUCUCUCCCCCUUCCGUUAUCGUCCUCUCAACACAACCGGCAACUUUGGGUCUAGCCCUGAUUCACCUCUCAAUGCCGAGAUUCCAGCCGGGCCAUGCAUGGCCUUGGCCAGGUCCCUGGUUUGCUUGAACCCCCUACUCCCGAAAGCCCGAAGGGUGUCCAUGUCACUGCCCUCGUAUUACCCCCUCAAGUAAAGACC